CAAGGGUUGAAUCUGCACUAUGCAAGGCUUAAGGAUGCGCGCAUCAUCUCCCGAAUAUUCUACAGGAAUGAAACAGAGCAGGAAGCAGCUAACUGAGCUAACUCAGUAUUCGCGCGUCCUCUUGGGUGAUAAUAACUGACAAAAAUCCGUUAGACUUGAGAACUCCCGAAUUUUCAAAAUUACUCCACGAUUUUUCGUAAAAUAACAAGUGAUUCAAGAUGAUCUGAAUCUUGUAUGUAUGUUGACGAAAAUUACAUGAAAAACUGUUCUAUUUGGUUGGAGCGAAAAUAAUAUUUGAAAUAAUUGAAAAAUGUAUUUGACUACCCUGCCACCACCAGAAUACGAUUCCGAUAUUGACAACGAUUACACCCCCUAUAACCAAAGACCGGAAACUUACAUAGUUCCUGUUCUUUUCUUCAUCAUUUUUGUGCUAGGAACUUUGGGAAAUGGAACUCUUGUCGUUAUUUUCAUGAAACAUAGAGCCAUGAGAAAUGUGCCUAAUACAUACAUCUUUUCACUCGCUCUGGCGGAUCUUCUGGUGAUACUGACAUGUGUUCCUUUUACAUCAACUUUGUACACUGUCGAAUCUUGGCCAUGGGGUGUCUUUUUAUGCAGAGUAUCCGAGAUUUCUAAGAAUAUUUCCAUAGGUGUAUCGGUAUUCACUCUCACAGCUUUGUCUGUCGAGAGAUAUUGUGCCGUUGUAAAUCCUCUCAGGCGUCUACAGACCAAACCAUUGACAGUAACGAGCGCUGUGAUAAUCUGGAUUUUAGCCGCAGGACUGACAAUUCCUGAUGGUAUCAAAUCAACACUAGAAGAUAUAGAUAUUGGAAAUAACAGAACUAUUACGAUAUGUACACCUUUUCCAAAUGCUACAACUAGUAAGACCUACGUGAAGUAUAACGUAGUUAUGAAAUCUUUGAUAUACUACAUUUUCCCACUUCUAAUAAUCGCCUCCUUCUACGUCUUGAUGGCAAUCAAGCUCCACGCAUCUACCAGAGAAAUGCCAGGAGAAAAUAAAGGUGCUCAAGGAGCUGUUCAAGCUCGAGCUCGAAGAAAUGUUGCAAGAAUGGUUCUGAUUUUCAUAUUUCUGUUCUUCAUUUGUUUCCUUCCGAACCAUGUCUUUAUGCUGUGGUUCCACCUCUAUCCUAACUCUGAAGAUGAGUACAACGAUUGGUGGCAUGCUAUCCGGAUCACAGGCUUCUGCCUGAGUUUUCUCAAUUCUUGUGUGAAUCCUGUGGCCCUUUACUGCGUUAGUGGAGUUUUCCGUGCCCACUUCAAUCGAUAUCUAUUCUGCUCGAAUCCAAAAUUAUUGAGGAAUCCUCAAACUAGAGGGACAUAUGAUUCAAGUUUGGGUUCAACUUUCAGACGACAAACACAGGCAACGAUGUUGGACAACUCGAAUAGCAUAAUUCGAAGAAAUCCUCUCAUCAGAAGAGAAAGCACCGACUGCACGAGCGUUAUGUUUGAGAACCAGUCACAGAAAGAUAAAAUGACGGAUGAAAAGCUGGAAGAACUACAAAUCCUACAUAACGAUAUGACCCAUAAAAAAAAUGUCUACAUUAACUGAGGAAUGAAGGAUAAGCCAAUGCUACGCUACUUUCAGGUGUCGUCAUGUUAGGAUAGGAAUUCUCUAGAGGAGAAGCUGAAUGUCUCUACAAGCAAUUUGUUGAAUCGCGUGAAUAUGUAGUAACAUGUGAAAUCCGAGGAACACCUGCUUGGACUCCAUGAAGUACACCAGCAAGCUGGGGGCUCAGACAGACGGCGUAGCGCAUCUGUCUUUACAGACAGAUGUUCUCUGCCAUGGAACUUCCAUACUUCUGAACUGGGUAGGGCCUAGUUCUCCGUAACUCCAAAAUCAACGUAAACAUCAGUAGCGGAACAAUAAAGUCGUUAUACAUAGGUAUUUAUAUAUCUCAAUAAUGACGAUUACGAAGAUAUUCCACUUCGAAAGAGAUUAUUGGUUCACAUUUUCUUUUCAUAAAAUAAUAAUUGGACUUGAAAUAAACAUAUCAAUAGGUUGGUCACUUCGAGAACGAAUAGGUCCUUUUGAAUGUUUAAUCUUCCGUGAACAAAUUCUCCCAUGACUACCUUUGAUGUCCGAAAACUUCGUCAGAACUGUCAGAAGAAAAAAAAAUAAAUGACACAAACAGAACCCGGUGGGAUAUUGGAUAGAGUAGUUCCUAAGAUAAAAAAAAAAACUUGAAACUUAUCAUUUAUAUCCAUUCAAUGGCAUUAUAACAAUUAAAAAAAACUAUGUGUACAAUAUACUAUACAAGUAUGUAUAUAAUUUUUUCACUUCAUGUGCCAAUCUCCUUCUACUGAGAACGUAACAAUAAAAUUUUAGACUGA